UGCCUGUGUCGGCGUGUGUGUCUGUGAUCAUAUUGUGCAACCAUGACAAGAGCAGCACUGACGAGAAUUCUCAUCCUCGUGAUCCUCGCCUUCAUCAUCUGCCUGCCUGAGUUCUUCACGUUGUACAGAGCAUUAAAAGUGAACUUCCUCUGCCUGCCCUACCGACCCUGUGAGCGAGGGAGCGAGGUGAAGCGGGGGGGAGAUGGAAAGAUCCGGAAGCAUGACAUUGUGAGAGACGGCAAAUGUGACCCUUCACAGAUUCCAGCGCAAGAAAAGUGGGAGCAGGCCUGUGAACAUGAGAGUCAAAGAAACACAACAGACUCCAGGAGAGAUGGUGAAAACCCAGAAAAGAGCUGGUUCAUGUGUGAAACGGAUUUGGACAUGUCAGAGUUACAGAGGAACAUCUCAUCCUCAGGUUUAAAUGUACAUUUUGAGGUGUCAGUGGAGCUUCAACUAAGACAAGAAGAAACCUUGAAUCUCACCUUGUACGGCCACAAUAACCUCAGCUCCUUACACCUCCAUCCAAUUGAGGGAGCCGAGGAGGAGGAAGAGGAGGAGGAUCAAGAUGAAGGACAGCUGAAGGCAUUUUACUGCUGUCUCCCUGUUGUGCCAAAGUCAAGGUCCGCUAAUCAAAGCCGCUGUCUCCUCUGGCUCUCCAAUCAAACAGUUUUGAAUGUAACAGCAAAAGAAGAGCUGCCAGGGAAACGGACAGUGAAAGAUGAGUGGCGGUGUAUGUUCAGGGUGCUCUGGCUGGCUCUGCUGGGCGUCUUCCUGCUCGCUGUGGUCUUCACUGUUCUCGGAGAAUUCUACUGGAGAAAAUGCUUUUGCAGAGAGCCGAAGAGGCAGCCUGUUGGUUUCCACCUCGCCGGCCAACAGUUAAACGAUGGAGAGACACAAACAGAAGACAUGACUUACAAAGGAAUGAUCCUGCAGCCAUACAGGUCCCACUCUUGGUCAGGACUUUCACCCAUCCAAGAGGUUGACAUUCAAGACGACAUAGAAACUCUGCUGGAUGGAAAUGUCGACAACAUCUAUUCAGAAAAUCUGCAUCAUCGAGGCCAUCCAUCCAUUUCUCCCUAACAGAGGAGAACACUUGGUGACAGAGGAGAACACCUGGUGACAGAGGAGCACACCUGGUGACAGAGGAGCACACCUGGUGACAGAGGAGCACACCUGGUGAGAGAGGAGAACACCUGGUGACAGAGGAGCACACCUGGUGAGAGAGGAGCACACCUGGUGACAGAGGAGCACACCUGGUGAGAGAGGAGCACACCUGGUGAGAGAGGAGCACACCUGGUGACAGAGGAGCACACCUGGUGACAGAGGAGAACACCUGGUGACAGAGGAGCACACCUGGUGAGAGAGGAGCACACCUGGUGACAGAGGAGCACACCUGGUGAGAGAGGAGCACACCUGGUGAGAGAGGAGCACACCUGGUGACAGAGGAGCACACCUGGUGACAGAGGAGAACACCUGGUGAGAGAGGAGCACACCUGGUGACAGAGGAGCACACCUGGUGACAGAGGUGAACACCUGGUGACAGAGGUGAACACCUGGUGACAGAGGAGCAGACAGAGGAGCACACCUGGUCACAGAGGAGAACACCUGGUGACAGAGGAGCAGACAGAGGAGCACACCUGGUCACAGAGGAGAACACCUGGUGACAGAGGAGCAGACAGAGGAGAACACCUGGUGACAGAGGAGCACCCCUGGUGACAGAGGAGAACACCUGGUGACAGAGGAGCACACCUGGUGACAGAGGAGAACACCUGGUGACAGAGGAGCACACCUGGUGACAGAGGAGAACACCUGGUGACAGAGGAACACACUUGGUGACAGGAGCAGACAGAGGAGAACACCUGGUGACAGAGGAGAACACCUGGUGACAGAGGAGCACACCUGGUGACAGAGGAGAACACCUGGUGACAGAGGAACACACUUGGUGACAGGAGCAGACAGAGGAGAACACCUGGUGACAGAGGAGAACACCUGGUGACAGAGGAGCACACCUGGUGACAGAGGAGCACACCUGGUGACAGAGGAGAACACCUGGUGACAGAGGAACACACCUGGUGACAGAGGUGAACACCUGGUGACAGAGGAGAACACCUGGUGACAGAGGAACACACUUGGUGACAGGAGCAGACAGAGGAGAACACCUGGUGACAGAGGAGAACACCUGGUGACAGAGGAACACACCUGGUGACAGAGGAGAACACCUGGUGACAGAGGAGCACACCUGGUGACAGGAGCAGACAGAGGAGAACACCUGGUGACAGAGAAGCAGUGACGGAAAAUAAAUAUGACUACUUCAAUAUCCUGCCACCUGUGUGCGGGGAAAUAAAAACACCUGAGACACAUGAAAUAGUUAUUCUUCUUUAUUUUCGUCAUCUCUGUCUCAAACAUGUUAAGGCUGUUUCAUUAGGAGGAAAUCCUAUAAAACAAGACUUGUCUUCCAAACAUUAAUCUUACAUUACAAUUAAUUAAAUUUUUUAAGGCAUUUGUAACUCUGUCAAACGGCCUCUGAUGGUGUCUGAAAGGAACAACUCAUGUUUUUUAUUGUUAAUAAUAUAUCCUGCCUGCAUACAUUCAUCUCUAAAAGUGAGGAGGGAAAAAGUAAAGAUGAGGAGUAAAGGAGUCGUGACUGGAAGCGAGGAGCUAAUGUAACACUAGAUACAUAUAUUUAAAUAAAUCAGACUCACUGUGAUAAUCUUUGGGCUGCUGCUCAAACUCAAAAACUGUGUCCCAGUUCAUUAAAAAGUUAAAUUUGCUCCAUCAACUUGAAA